AUGCGCAACCAGCUCCAUCCGAGCAAUGGCGCUUCGUACGUGGUCAAGGGAACUCCUUUAAAGAUCCCGGUUAGAACCAGGGAAGAGAUUAUUGCCGAGAAAGAGGCCCAACAGGCCGAAAUCGCCCGCCAGCAGCUGCAACAGCAGGAGGCCGAUGUCAAUGACAGGAGUCACCAUCAGAAAGGUUAUAACGACGUUCUUUCGGCAUUGGGCAUUCGUUCUGAUAAGCCUCCAUCGUCUUCGUCAUCGAGAUCUACUGGUUCGACUUCUCGUUUGGACUUUUUGAACUUCCCGUCGAAAAAGGACUCCAGCUCGGCCGCUGCCAGCUCUGAAUCUGCAUCUUCUUCAUCCACAUCCACAUCCACAUCCACAUCAGCGAACCUGUUCGUUCUUCAGUCCGCUAUCCAGUCAUUACCACCCAAUCUGAUUAUUCAAAGAGACUCUCAGACUUCGGGAUUCUUGAAAAAGAAUCUUAAAACUGCUGAGUUCGCUAAACAUAUUCACAAACUCACCGGAGCUGAUGUCGCUGAAAACCAUAUUUCCUUCACAAUCGCAACCAAGGCUGGCAAAGUGCCAUCCACUCAAAUCGACCAUGUCGGAACCUACGAGGUUGUUUUCAAACUAUCACCAGAGAUUUCUAUUUCUCGCAAGGUGUCUGUUCAAGCCACAGGUAAUGUGUCUGUAGAGUCCACUUCAAGACCAUUGAACGCCGAACUACCGGACUCUGUAGCUGCUGAGACCACUUCUCCCAGUCCUGCUACUGCACCAGCUUCUACCCCAGAACCGGCUGCUAAGUCCGCGAAAUCCAAGGCCUUCGAGUGGGAAAACGAUCUGCUCGUCAACUUACAGGAUAAGCGCGAAAAGUAG